AUGCCUAACGAACACCGCAUGCCCGUGAAACCGCGCGAUGUCAUAUCCUACAGGGUACUUCCCACGUUUGAGGAUACAUUUGAGCGACCUCCACGCGUGUGGCCGGCUCGGACGACGCUGUGGGGCCGGGCCACCAACGCUCUCAGCAGCCUCUUCCAAAAUCCUAACGAAAUUUCGCGCGAGCUGCCCAAGCAAUCUGAGAGUGGGGCAUCUGUGCCGCAUCUACAUGCGCAGCACGAACAGGUCAUGCCGCGCACAUACCAGAUUCUUGGCGACACACGCUUUGGCCACCUCCGAGGCUACCGGCGUGUGAAGAAGGUCGUGGUCAUUGGUGUGCAUGGCUGGAAUGCCCAGAGCGUGCUUAAAAAUGUCAUGGGUCCCAUCUUUGGGACCUCCGCCCACUUUGCAGACAAGAUGGCCGAGUCGGUGCGCCACCACUUCCAGGAGCUGCAGGUACCGCUGGACGACGAUGCUAUUACAACAGUGGCCGUGCAGCACGAUGGCCGCGUAGGCGCCCGCGCGGAGCACUACUUUGAGUCAAUUGUGAACACGCCCGCUUGGCGCGAUGCCCUUCGUGAUGCAGACGCUGUGUUUGUUGCCGCUCACAGCCAGGGCUCAAUUGUUGCGACGUUACUCCUGUCCCGACUUCUCGACGAGGGCCUUAUCGACCCACAUCGCGCGCGCAUAUGCCUUUUGACCAUGUGUGGCAUUUUUCAGGGGCCAUUUGUGCACUUGAAAGGCAGCAUUGCCUCGUCGUACAUGCUUUACUUUGAGACGGGUGCAGCGCGCGAGCUCUUCGAGUUUCAGUCGUCCGACUCACCCAUCUCACAGGCACAUGAGAAGGCCUAUCGCCGCCUCUUGGCAGCGGGCGCCAAGUGUGUGCACGUGGGUUCCGUGGACGACAAUGUCGUACCGCUCUACAGUGCGCUCUACUCGUCGGCCGCGCACCCUUCCAUCUUGCGCGCAGUGUAUAUCGACGAGGCGGUGUAUCCCCGUCAAGAUUUUCUCACGCAGCUCAUUGUGCUCUGCGUCGCUGUGCGAAACUGUGGUUUUCACGAUCACAACCUCCUCUCUCUGCUCAGCGCGUCCGUGGCAGGCUCGCUCUACACGGGAGCUGGCCACUCGAUGCUAUACGACGAGCCAGCCGUGUACAGUCUCGCUACUCGCUACAUGUUCGAGACCUACUCUCCACGCACAUCUGGCGCACAAGACAUCCCGCUCGUUACCAUGCCACAUGCUCCGCAGCGCUGGAACCCGUUCGAGCUACCUUGGGCCCUGCGGGGCCUGCUCGAGGACCAAGUGAUCCGCCACUUUUUCGCGAAGGAUAUGCGCGCUGUCGUCCAGGCAUAUAACGUGUGGCAGCCCAGCAGCAAACCGCUCCGGGAGCUCCAGUGGCGCAUGUCGCCCAUGGCUCAAGUGCAAGUAUCUGCCUCGGAGGUCGAUGCCGAGGAAGACGAAAGCUCCACGUUAAACUUUGACGAUGGCGAGGCAACCGAUACACUUCACCCGUCGGUAGUCACGACACCUGCCCGUGCUGCCAAGCUAUAG